AUGGCUCAGGACUACGUGUGGUUCCAGGGCAUUCCUUUCCCUGUUUUGGAUAUCUGCCCUGAACAUAUAAAAGCAGUCCAGGACGAGCUGGUGCUGAAGGAUGAAGACAUCAUCACGGUGACCUAUCCCAAAUCAGGAACCCAUUGUUUGAUUGAGGUUCUGUCUCUGAUUCACACCAAGGGGGAUCCCAACUGGAUUCGAUCUGUACCGACAUAUGUUCGUUCCCAAUGGAUCGAGACUGAAACUGGAUAUAAAUUCAAAGUGGAGAGGAAGGAGGGUCCCCCCCUCCUCUCCUCCCACCUCCCCAUCCAACUCUUCCCCAAGUCUUUCUUCACUUCCAAAGGCAAGGUGAUCUAUGUCAUCAGGAAUCCUAAUGAUGUCCUUGCAUCUGGUUAUUAUUUCUGGCAUUUUACAAAUCUGGCUAAGAAACCAGAGUCACUGGAACAAUUUUUUGAAUGGUUCUUGCAAGGACAUGGUAUCACGGGGGACUGGAAGAACCACUACACCCCAGCCCAGACCCAAGCCUUCGAGGAAACAUUCCGGGAGAAGAUGGCGGCACUACCUCUGGAGCUGUGCUCAUGGGACUAA